ACAACAACAAAGCAAAACGGCACGUAGUUUUAAUUGUAACCAAGGAUUGCAUUUCGGUCUUGUUUCAACAAACGAAACUUCCUGAAAUGCCAAGAAAAAUCUGGUCAUUUCACCACAGUGAUCAUUGUGUAUGUGUUCUAAAGACUCCAAGCGAAGGUUUUAGAAAAAGGAGCAUUUUCUAUUCUAUUCAAGAAACUCGAAGAACAUUCUCUCUUCAUCCUCUAACUUCCCUAUAAAUAUGUCCUUUGCUAAUCAGAUCAAAUCAGCAGGAAAAUCAAGAACCAAAAGUCUCCCGAAAAGCAACGAACAAUGUCUCUCAUUCCAAGCAUUUUUGGAGGACGCAGAUCAAACGUCUUUGAUCCGUUCUCGCAAGACUUAUGGGAUCCAUUCGAAGGAUUCUUCACGCCAUCUUCUGCGUUGGCAAACGCUUCAACCGCUCGUGAUGUGGCAGCGUUUACAAACGCAAGAGUGGAUUGGAAGGAAACGCCGGAGGCACAUGUGUUCAAAGCGGACUUGCCAGGCCUGAAGAAGGAAGAAGUCAAGGUUGAGGUUGAAGACAAGAACGUUCUGCAGAUUAGCGGAGAGAGGAGCAAGGAGAACGAAGAGAAGAACGAUAAGUGGCACCGUGUGGAGAGAGCUAGUGGGAAGUUUAUGAGAAGGUUUAGGUUACCGGAGAAUGCAAAGAUGGAAGAAGUGAAGGCAACAAUGGAGAAUGGUGUGCUUACGGUUGUGGUUCCGAAAGCGCCUGAGAAGAAGCCUCAAGUCAAGUCCAUCGAUAUCUCCGGGGCUAAUUGAAUAUGAAGAUGAAGAUGAAAUAUUUGGUGUGUCAAAUAAAAAGCUUGUGUGCUUAAGUUUGUGUUUUUUUCUUGGCUUGUUGUGUUAUGAAUUUGUGGCUUUUUCUAAUAUUAAAUGAAUGUAAGAUCUCAUUAUAAUGAAUAAACAAAUGUUUCUAUAAUCCAUUGUGAAUGUUUUGUUGGA